GAGAGAGCGACGCCCGCCCCAGUCACCGCCCGUCCGUCCGCCCGCCCGCCCGUCCGUCCGCCCGAGCCCGCCGCUGGUCUCGUUUGGUCUGUGGUUCUCGCCCGCCCCUGCCGUCCGGAUUCUCGUGUCGGCUCCAAGCGCUCGCCGUGGCAGGAUGAGCGCGGCGGUGGUGGACGGUUGCUUCCUGUCCGCCUUGCAGCCCAACUCGUCCCGCACCGCCUACGUGGUUCCCUCGGACGGCCCGUGUUCGGACUUUGGGGCCAAGGCGCGGAGGGUCCAGGAGCAGGUUCGCCUGCGCUUGGCCGAGAAGAAGUCGCCGUCGCUGGGGAGGCUGACCACUGACGACGACGACGCCGCCGCCGCCACCGCGGUGCUUGGACCGGCAGCAGCAACAAAGGCCAUCUUCACGUCUUGCCUGCUUUUUCAAUGUCAUGACUGGGAAUUGUGCUUGCAUAAGUGCGCACACCCUCUUCCAAACGGGGGACGGCUGCGCUCGAGACGGACGGAUGUGCCCAAGCCCCGAGCAUGCGAGUACGCGCUCCCCAGCGGCAGAGGCUUCAGCUCCAGAUCCAUGAUCCACACGCCCAGCCGCAUCAUGGCGGUGUCCACCAUGCCCUCCGGCGGCUUCUCGUCUCGCUCGGCGGUGGAGACCUCCUCCAAGGUGCGUGCCAGCGUGGCGCAGCAGAGCCUCUUCCAAACUCACAGCGCCCGCAGCCGCCGCACCAAGUCGCUGUGUCAGGCCGAGAUCAACCAUCACGGAGUGUCCGGGGGCAACCUGGUGGCGUGGGCGCCGCCCGUCCUGAGGCGCACCCUCAGCGGCACCCUGCAGGGAAGCACCCUGCAGGGCGCUGCCCCGCCGGGCGGCAGCGACUGGGCCGACCAGGAGAUGCCCACCCGCUUCACCUACAAAGGCCCCUCGCACCGCACCAUCAACCGCAUCGGCAACCGACAACAGCACGGCGCCGCCUACGGCUGGGGCGGGGCGCUGCGGGCCGAGGGCUGGGGAAGUCAGCGCGUCCCGCAGUGGCACGUGCACCGGCCUGGCCACGCUCUGAGCUAUCAAAGCAGCAGCUGCGCCCAGCGCGCCGCCUCGGCGUCCGUUCAGCGAGCCGCGUCGGUGCGCAGCGUGGCCAGCGUGGGCAAAGGGCUGGACGUGUUGGAUGGAGCGUCCGUUUGCAGCAAUGAGCAACUGGCAGGGAUGCAAGGCCUGGACGCGCAGACGGCCGUCAGGUAUUUGUGCGAGCCGGACGCCGCCUUGCAGAUCCUGGGCGCCGCCUACAUUCAGCACCAGUGUUACCAUAGCAGAGAUUCCAAAAAGCAGGUGCGCCUUCUCCAAGGCGUCCCGGCUCUGGUUCAGCUUUUCUCCAGCGACAACUUGGAAGUGCUGCGCUUCGCCACGGGCGCCACGCGCAACCUCAUCUACGAGAACACCGACAACAAGGUGGCGCUCGUCGACGCCGGCGGCGUGGCGCGCCUGGUGGCUGUCUUGGGAGAACCGGACGAGGAGCUCCGCAAGAACAUCACAGGCGUGCUGUGGAACCUGUCGUCCAGAGACAACCUGAAGGAGAAGCUGUGCAGAGAAGCUUUGGCAGAGCUGAGCAGCAAAGUUCUGAUCCCUCUUUGUGCCAGCAUCCCUCUCAGCCCCUCUGAGAAAGACAUCUUCAACAACGCCACCGGAUGCCUCAGAAACUUGAGCUCGGUCAACCAGAGGACGAGAGAGAAGAUGAGGGACACGUCGGGUCUGGUGGACUCGCUGGUGUCUUACAUCCAGCAGGAAGUCGGCGCCGACGACAAGGGUUUGGAGAACUCGGUGUGCGUGCUGCGAAAUCUGUCCUACCAGCUGUACUCGGAGCUGCCCCACUCGGUGCGACUUCGGCUGGAGGGUCCCGCCAGAGGCUCCGCCUCCAGGGACGCCCAGGCCGUGGGCUGCUUCCCCAUGUACGGCAAGAAGAACGUGGAGCAGCAGCAGCAGCAGCGGCAGCAGAGCUUGGCCAUCAUGUCGGAGGCGUCGCGAGAAGCGCGCGGUGCCGAGUGGCUGUGGCACCCGCGGGUGGUGGCGCUGUACAAGCGGGUCCUCCAGAGCGCCGAGAGCACCUCCGCCGGCAGGGAGGCGGCCGUGGGGGCGCUGCAGAACCUCACCGCCGGAGACGGCAGGUGGGCGGCGCUGCUGAGCGCGGUGGUCCUGGAGCAGGAGCGGAUGCUGCCCAGCCUGCUGGACCUGCUGGACAACGACAAUGAGGCCGAGCUGCGACCGCUCAGCGCCCUGCUGAGGAACCUGGCCAGACACGCGGCCAACAAGGACCUCGUGGCCAAGAACAUGGUGAACGUCCUGGUGUCCAAGCUGCCCGGCGACGGGCUGCAGAAGACGCCGUCCAGCGAGGUGGUGGUCAACAUCUGCGGCGCCCUCAAUCACUUGGUCACCUGCAGCUCACUGGCAGCCCGCGACAUCGCCUACUUCAACGGCCUGCCCAAGCUGGUGGGCAUCAAGACGUCCCACGACAAUAGCUCCGGCGGUCUGAAAGCUUCCAGAGCGGCAUCCACUGUCCUCUGCAACAUGUUCCAGUAUAGCAAACUGCACAAAGACUACAAACUGAAAGGAUUUGCGCGUCGGGAUUUUGCCGACGGCAGUGUGUGAAAACCUCAAGACAGACUUCCCGCAAAAGGAAGUUGGCCAACCGGGCCAAAAGGCAGCAAGUGUCCCGAGCGCCGGAUGACGGGCUGCUCCACGGUUCCCGUGACAACACCCACUAAUCACUAAACCAUUUUUACUCCUACUUCCUAAAGUGAAGCAGUGUAUCUGCCAGGCCAGUAGAUGGCCACGUAGCUCACGUUUGUUUUUUUUAACUGAAAUAAGUUUGUUACACGGCUGGCUGGCUGUCCAGUCCACCGACGCUACUCAUGAUUUAGGGCCAUUUGAAUGAACCCACAUUUCAUUCCAUUAGGUUGUCACCAAUUUAGAGGACCUAAAUAUGAGACAUAUCUCCUUACUCAUUUAACACACUUUGGAUAAAUGCUUUGAUUUAUGGGGGGGGGGGGGCGGCGGCGGCAGCAGGGGGAGUCGCGAAGGAUGAACUGGAACGUUUGAUCAAAUGUUACUGCCACGCGUUUGAGACUUUUACUGGAAACUGGACGGACGGUAAAGAUGGCGGCCUUUUGCAAACGAUCCAACUGCAAUGUGAUUGGCAAGUCGCCACUCAGUCCGCACACGGUGACAUUUAACAAGACGGCAGCAAAGGAAGUGUAUUUUGGGAAUUGCGUCGGCAAGGGAAGUGUUUUUUGGGAAUGGCGUCGCCAUCGUAACCCGACGGCCCGUUCAUCCGAGCGUGUUGACUUCAAAAGAUGGCGGUCAUUCUACAACUAGAAGAAAAAACUUAGGAUACAUGGCAACUUUCAUUUAUCACUUAUAAAACAAGUGUUGACAUUUUGCAAGCUGAGGGAUUUUGUUUUUGUCCCCUAGAGGGCGCCGCUAAUCGCGAUGGCAAGCCCUCCCCCCCCAAAAAGUUUUUUGGGCUUUGUUCUCAUCCAUUUGUUGAACGUGUAACUAACAUAACUUCAAGGCUUGCCAGUGUCCCAUUUCCCAAACCCUUUACCCCUCAAGUUGCUUUGAGACCUUCCUUGUGUUGUUUUUUGUUGCAAACUAAAGUUUGUUUGAGGCUGAGAGAGAGAAUAUGUACACAUUCCUAAUAAAAGCACGCAAACUAAA